AAAAUGCCAAUCUAUGGAAAUGGCACUACCACUAUCUGGUAUCGCUGAUACAAUGCUCAGUGCUAACUCAACUCAGUUUCGUGGAAAGUGUUUAUUAAAUAAAACUACCCUGGGUCAGUUUCAGUUUUCUCAAGCGAAAGCGACAUAAAUUUCGUGGGGAAUUUACUAACGCAAUCAAAAUAGGUGUGUGUGUGGUCACCAGUUCUUUUUAUAUCGUGGCCGUAGGUCGUGGGUUAGGGUUAAAUUAACUUGCUUUCGCACCUUUAAUCACAGUUUAUCGUCUUGUUUUCGAUAGUGAUGUAAUUGAUGUGAAUUUCGAUACUUUUUGUGUGGCAAUGUAAGCACGUGGUCUUACCUUCAAUAUAGCUAACUGAUAACGAAUAGAAGUUGAAUCAUACAAUUAAACGAAAGUGUGGAUAGAAUGUUGAUGUUCUGUCCCACAUGCGGCAAUUUACUACUUGUGGAAGAAGGUACAGAUUCACUCCGUUUUUCCUGCAACACCUGCCCUUACAUUUGCAAAAUUAAAAGGAAAAUAACCACAAGGGUUUAUCCGAAACUGAAGGAAGUUGACCACGUUAUGGGCGGAUCAGCUGCCUGGGAAAACGUAGAUUCCACUGAGGCUGACUGUCCGGCGUGUGCUCAUAACCGUGCGUACUUUAUGCAGAUGCAAACUCGUUCAGCCGACGAACCCAUGACAACGUUCUACAAAUGUUGUAAUCCAAUUUGUGGUCACAACUGGCGAGAUUAAAU